AUGACUGAAAUUCAGGUACCUGAGAAUGAAGAGAUCUCAAUAAAUUAUGUCAUGUCUGGAAUAAAGUGGAACCGAAAGGAAAUCGACGUCGAUGAAAUAUUUGCAUACAAUGUAGCAAUCGAUAUCAUGGAUGAGGAUCAUGAACCGACAUCUAUUGCAGAGUGCAUGCAAAGAAUUGAUUGGCCAAAAUGGAAUGAGGCAAUAGAUGCGGAAUUCAACUCUCUUGGUAAAAGAGAAGUAUUCGGACCAGUAGUCCGUACACCUGAAGGUGUUAAACCAGUAGGGCACAAAUGGAUUUUUGUGCGAAAGAGGAAUGAGAAUGGUGAAAUUGUGAGACACAAGGCACGUUUAGUUGCACAGGGUUUCUCACAAAUACCCGGAAUUGAUUAUGAAGAGACAUACUCUCCUGUAGUGGAUGCAACUACUUUCCAGGUAUCUCAUUACUCUUGCUAUAAGAGAAGGACUUGA